AUGCAGGACUCGGAGCUUCGAGAAAUCUCUUUGGCACUUCGAACUGCCCGCAUCAACAAGGAGCCCAUUGGUCCGCCAACGAAGAGAUGGACUGCUCUCGAUGCAGACACGGCCUUCGAGGUCCAGAAGAUCACUGUCGAAAAUGCCAUCAGUCAAGACGGUGACAGACUGGUGGGCUACAAGCUGGGUAAUAUUGCCAAAGUCAUGCAAGACGCCUUCGGCCUCGACCAGCCCGACUACGGCUUCCUCCUCGCAAGCACCUUCAUCUACGAGGGAACCGCUCUCGACCGCAAAGACUUCAUCAAGCCUUACGUCGAGCUCGAGCCAGCAUUCGUCCUGAAGGGGCCUCUGAAGGGCCCGAACGUCACCGUCGCCGACGUCAUCAACGCCGUGGACUACGCUAUCCCCGCCAUAGAGAUCAUCGACUCCAGGGUGCAGAACUGGGCCAUCGAUCUCCCGGACACCCUGGCCGACAACGGUUCCACCGGUGCCGUCAUUCUGGGCGGCACCCCUCGCCGGCUGACUGGCCUCACGUUGAGCAACACAAGAGGCACCCUGCAUUUCAACAAUAGAGAGGUCAUGUCAGGCAACACCCGCAACGUGCUUGGCAACCCACUGUCGGCGGUGGCGUGGCUGGUCAACAAGCUAUCCAAGUACGACGUCGGGUUCACCGCGGGGCAGGUCAUACUGCCCGGUAGUUGCUUGCAGGCGGUGCCUAUGGUGGACGCUGGCCGGUGGUCUUGCACAUUCGAGGGUUGGGGGACCAUCGAGUUUGAUGUCGUCUAG